AUGAGGUCCCAGUUGGCGAUAGAGGAAACGGACAGGAUGAUCGUAGCAGGAGCCAGAGUCGUGAUUUUAGCCGAAUGCCGUACCACAAAGCUGAGACAGCGGGCAAGAUUAUCUGUUUAUUGGCCUGGAAUGGACAAUGACAUCUUGAACGCCGCUAAAACAUGCCAAUCAUGCACCGAAAAACUUCCAUCGCUUCCCCGUGAGCUGCUUAUUCAACAUGAAGCAGCAACACGACCAUUUGAACAGCUACAUUCAGAUAUAGCUACAUUCAACGGAUGCGAUUUUUUUAUCAUUGCAGACCAAUAUAGUGGUUGGCCAGACGUCAUUCCCUUCCCGAAUAAAAAUACAACAGCCCGUCUCAUCGUCAACGCAAUUCGUGAUUUUUCCAUUCGAGGACCAGGAGCCCCUGUCAAAUUCUGGAGUGAUAAUGUGCCCCAAUUCAAUGCCGUCGAAUUUAAAGAUUUUGCAAGAGACUGGGGCAUUUCAAUUGCAAAUUCUUCCCCUUAUUAUCCACAAUCAAACGGAUUAGUCGAAGCAGCAAUCAGCAGCAUAUAA